AGUGCUUUCUGUGCUUUCUAUCUUUCACAGCCAAGCUCGUGUCGUCUCCCUCUCUGGAUAAUACCGGGCAGUGAAGAGUCGCAGCGAAAAUGAGCCGUGGGGCGGCAGCGGUGGGGGCAAAGGGGAAGAAGAAGGGAGCGACGUUCGUGAUUGACUGCGCGAAGCCGGUGGAGGAUAAGAUCAUGGACAUCGCCUCCCUGGAGAAAUUCCUUCAGGAGCGGAUCAAGGUUGGAGGCAAGGCCGGCGCUCUAGGCGAAUCCAUCACCGUCACCCGAGACAAGAGCAAGAUCUCUGUCACCUCUGAUAGCAACUUCUCCAAACGGUACCUUAAAUACUUGACUAAGAAGUACUUGAAGAAGCACAACGUGAGGGAUUGGCUUCGCGUGAUUUCUUCCAACAAGGACAGAAAUGUUUAUGAAUUGAGAUACUUCAACAUUGCCGAGAAUGAGGGCGAGGAGGAAGAUUGAAGACUAGUAUUUUUGUAUUGUGUCACCAUCUAUUAGCACGCUUGGUUGAUUUAGUAGGUGGGAUUGUUUGGUGUUUUACUUCUAGUCUGUGUUAUCCUCGAUGCAAUUUGUGUUUGUUUUUGGAUUUUGGUUAUGAUAAGUGAUGGUUAUUAUGAGUUUCAUAUAA